GGAUCGGCUAACCGCUAGCGAAUUCUAUUGGCCGUCGUAGCAGCCGCGGUUAAGGCCUGAAAGCUUUUCUUUUCUCAAGCCGGACGUGUUGUGAGGGGGACUUGAUUGGACGUUACUCUCGUACCCGGAAGCUUGCAAAGGGGAAAAAAAAAAAAAGAUGGCUUCUGUGGUUAGUUUGGUUUCUUCUCCCAAGAUUUCGGGGAGAUUUUAUUAUCUCUUCGUCGCUGUAAGAAACGGAAUCUGUGCGCCUGGCCCGGGUAGAUCAUGGAAACGAGAGAGUAGUUCAUAUAAUGAACAGAAAUCCAAUCAAGCAGAUAUGCCUGUUCCAAUGGAAAACCCUUAUAAGGAGCCUCCUAAAAAGUGUGUCUUAUGUGGUGUAACUGUUGACUACAAGAAUAUACAGCUUUUAUCACAGUUUAUUUCUCCAUACACUGGUCACAUAUUUGGUCAUCAUAUAACAGGCUUAUGUAAAAAGAAACAAAAUGAAAUGGCAAAAGCCAUUAAAAGAGCUCAUUGCAUGGGAUUUAUGUCGGUUAUGCAUAAGGACCCAGUGUUUCGCAAUGACCCCAAAAUAUGUAAUAUUAAAUAUCCAGAAUAAAUUGUAUCAAUUAUGCCUAGCCCAUUUUUGUAAUUAGACUAUAUUAUUAGAAUGUUAAUAAAUGAGCUAUCAAUGUGUCCAUGAUGAGAGUAUUAUUUCAUUCAUUCUGACGACAAAUUGAUCAUAAACUGUAGCAUUGUCAGGAGAGAAUGUCUCUUUGUAGUGCUUCAACCUGUAUGGGGUCUUUUGAACUUAUCAGAAUGCAGUUGCUUCUGAUACAGCAUAGAAAGUAAACCUUUUAACCUACCAAUACUGUAUCCCUAUUUUGAAUUAGCAUCUCUUGGGCUCAUUCCCUAACACAAAUUUUACUUACAUAUUUUAGCUGAAAUACAUAAUAAGAUUGUAGAAAUUUGAAGUAUUCAAACACAGUGUAAAGCAAAAACUAAAUGGAAUUCAUAGAUUGGUCUUUUUCCCUAAAGUGUUUGAUUCUGGGAUCAACACUUCACUUCAAAACCAGCUUUGCUAUUUAAAUAACAUUGCAUUCUUAAUAAAGUUUUUACUACAAACAACAGAUAGGUUCUUGGUCUUUGCUGUUUCCUGCUAUACCCUCCAAGAGAGUAAGCAAUUUUAAGAUUUAGUGAGGAAAAAGCAACUUGAAACUUGAUCCAUGUUGUAAGAAUGAUGAUUUAAAAAGGUGAGGUUUUAUUUCCAAAACGUUGACUCAAGUAUUCCACGUAUUAAUGAAGUGUGCUAAUAAUACCAGCAGCACUGAUGAGGUGAGAA